GUGCAUUGCGGGCAGUAGAAAAGAAAACAUAAAUAAGCGGAUAAAAAUAUAUCUAAAUUUUGCAUCAGAAUGGAUAAACUAACGACAAUUAGUGCCACGCUUUUCAUGGCAGCCGAUGUCUUUGCGAUUGUGAGUCUGGCGCUGCCGGAUUGGAUCAUCACGGAGUCCGGAACAGGUGACAUCCGAUUGGGACUGAUGUGGACCUGCAUGACGCUAUAUAACCGACCGCAGGUGUGCUAUACGCCCGAGCUGCAGCCGGAGUGGCUAAUUGCACUGAUCUGCAUCUUUGUGGGCUGCAUCUGCGUGACCACCACCGUCAUUCUGCUGGCGUCGUCCUCCUGCAACCGGAAUGUGAUUCCGUACGCGCGCUGGGUGGGAUUCACGGCCAUGGUGCUCUUCUGCAUGGCGGCCGUUGUCUUCCCGCUGGGAUUUCACGUAGAGGAGAUCGGCGGUCAGGCCUACCAGCUGCCCAACACAUUCAAGAUUGGCAUCUCCUACAUCAUGUUCGUCCUGGCCCUGUGGAUCACCGUCGUGUCCGAGCUCUUUGCCGGCAAGGUCUGCCUGCCGCACUUCUAGAGACGUGACCACGGCAUCGCUAGAUUCCUCAUUUCAUUUGCAGUUUGCUCUGUGAUUUGUUACACCUUUUGUUUUUCCCUAAUUGUUUUAGCUCUCAAUUGGUAGGGUGCACUUAUAGUUAACAUAUUCAAAUUAGGUUAAAUAAGCUGGAAACUCGAAUAUGAGCUACACGAAUCUCCCAUGCACUUGGCACAUUUUAAAAAUUAUUUACUUUAAAACCUAAUUUUAUCCUAAUCCUUAGUUGAUAAAUGUUUAGUAAGCCAGACUUGAUCAUAUCUAAGGAAUAAGCGUAGCCCUAAGACCAUUUAGUUAGUACAAUUUUGUUAUACGAAUACACAUUUUGUAUUUAAACUGAGAAAAA